AUGAGAGAAAUUGUACAUGUUCAGACAGGACAAUGUGGAAACCAAAUUGGUGCUAAAUUUUGGGAAGUUAUUUCUGAAGAACAUGGAAUACAAACAGAUGGAUCAUUUUCUGGGGAAAAUGAAGCUCAAUGUCUUGAUAGAAUUGAUGUUUACUAUAAUGAAGCCAAUGGAGGAAAGUAUGUUCCAAGAGCUAUAAUGGUAGAUUUGGAACCAGGAACAAUGGAUUCCAUAAGAGCAUCUACAUAUGGACAACUUUUCAGACCUGAUAAUUUUGUUUUUGGACAAUCUGGUGCUGGAAAUAAUUGGGCUAAAGGACAUUAUACUGAGGGAGCUGAACUUGUUGAGAAUGUUAUGGAUGUAGUUAGAAAAGAGGCUGAAGGUUGUGACUGUCUUCAGGGAUUUCAGUUGACUCAUUCUCUUGGUGGAGGUACUGGAUCUGGUAUGGGAACUCUUUUAAUAUCUAAAAUUCGUGAAGAAUACCCUGAUAGAAUAAUGUCGUCUUUUUCUGUUUUCCCUUCACCAAAAGUUUCUGAUACUGUUGUUGAACCAUACAAUGCUACUCUCUCUGUUCAUCAAUUAGUUGAGAAUACCGAUGAAACUUUCUGCAUUGAUAAUGAAGCACUUUAUGAUAUAUGCUUUAGAACACUUAAACUUUCUUCACCACCAUAUAGUGACUUAAAUCAUCUUGUUUCUAUGACUAUGUCUGGUGUAACGACAUGUCUACGUUUCCCAGGACAAUUAAAUGCUGAUCUUAGAAAACUCGCCGUUAAUAUGGUUCCAUUCCCACGUCUCCAUUUCUUCAUGCCGGGAUUUGUUCCUCUUGCUGCUCGUGGAGUUUCUGCUUAUAAUGCUCUUACAGUUCCUGAAUUGACUCAACAAAUGUUUGAUGCCAGAAAUAUGAUGACAGCAUGUGAUCCAAGACAUGGAAGAUAUUUAACUGUUGCUGCUAUCUUUAGGGGGCAAAUGUCGAUGAGGGAGGUCGAUGAACAAAUGCUUUCCAUUCAACAGAAAAAUUCACCAUACUUUGUUGAAUGGAUUCCAAAUAAUGUUAAAACUGCCGUUUGUGAUAUUCCACCUAAAGGACUCAAAAUGUCUGCUACUUUCAUUGGAAAUACUACUGCAAUUCAAGAAAUUUUCAAACGUAUUUCUGAACAAUUUACUGCUAUGUUUAGAAGAAAAGCUUUCAUGCAUUGGUAUACUGGAGAAGGUAUGGAUGAAAUGGAAUUUACAGAAGCUGAAUCAAAUAUGAAUGAUCUUGUAGCUGAGUAUCAACAAUAUCAAGAAGCAGGAAUUGAAGAUGGUGCUGGGGAGGAGUAUGAAGCUGAUGCUGAUGAAUAA